UUUUGUAGUUUUGUCCAGUCUAUAUGUGUUGGAGUCAGUGUAAACACGUGUUUUAUUCCUAUUUGUUCGUUUCGCGCAGUUCUCGAGUAUAAUCUCGAAAUUAUAUUCGACAUUUUCGGUAGGAACUUAAUUUCUUAUUCUAAUUUUAUUUUCUUUAGGAACUUUUGAAUUCCACAUGUUCAUGUGAAAUAUUAAUAGUGUGUUUUCCUGUAGGUAUCGAGUGAAUAUUUUUAAAAAGUUUUAAAGAAAUAACCAAAUAUGUCGACUAAGGAGAUAGAAAAAAGCGAUGAAGAUACAGUCAAAAAUAACACGGCAAGCCUGUGUGGAAGCAAUGUCAAAUUACGGCGGGAACUCGGCCUGUUUUCAGCCGUAAACCUUAUUCUGGGAGUAAUGAUAGGAUCUGGCAUCUUCGUGUCCCCUGCAUCCGCCCUGGAGCACUCUGGAUCUGUUGCACUUUGCCUGAUUGUGUGGACUGUAUCUGGAAUCAUAUCCUUACUAGGUGCGUUAUCAUUUGCUGAACUAGGAACGGUUCUCGGCAAAUCAGGUGCCGAAUAUUCUUACUUCCAAGCUGCCUUUGGAAAAAUGCACAAAUUUUGGGGCCCUUUACCUUCGUUUAUAUGUGCUUGGAUCUAUGUUGUUAUAUUAAGGCCGGCAGAAGUAGCCAUUAUUGUGAUGACUUUCGCAGAAUACGCGAUACAACCUUUUACAACCAAUAUAAUGCAACCCUAUGGCGACCACAAAGAUAUGGCAAUCAAAUUAGGCUCUUUAUCAGCAUUAUGUAAGUAUAGUAUAGCUACAAAAAAAGCGUUAUCUCAUGAAAUAAAACAGUUGCGAGAGCGAUGCAUCGACACUUGUAAUAUCAUCGAAAAUUCUAAUCCGGGACAGUACAUAAUAUCGCCUGAUAAUGUCGGUCAGAAAGCCCUGUCCUACGUAGAGGGGCUACGGAUACAGAUACAAAGCUCCGAGACAGUUAUUCCUACGGAUGAAAAUCUGAUAAUCAGCCAGUUUCUUGCGGAGAUGAAGGUGAAAAAUGAAGAAGUGCAAAAACUAACCGCAUUCACUAAUGGAGCUAUUUUAGAUGUCGAUAAUGAGAUACUAAGACUUGAGACCCACAUUACCCAAGCGGAGGAAGCCCUGAACAAACCCCUAGUGGACGCCCAGGAUGUGAGUGUGGAACGGCUGGAGAGGGCCAGGCACAACUUCAGUGUCCUGAAGACGGAGCUGCAUGGACUCAUUCAGUCUAUAUUCAGAAGUGAUAGUGAAAUGGUGUUUGAUAUUAUUGGGCAACUGAUGCAAGAGAAACUAAACCCAGAAUCUAAUGAAUACAUACAAGUGACAGAUGAUACCUUCCGCAUCAUGGAGCUGCUCAAAGACAUCAAGAUAGUCAUUGUAAUGACAUACAUAAACAUAACGAGCGUGAAGUUGUUCGUGAAGGUGCAGAACGUGUUCGGCGUGUGCAAAGUGUUCGCGUGCCUCGUCGUGAUCGGCGGCGGCAUUUACGAGAUCGCUAGAGGCAACACUGAGAACUUGAACAAAGGCUUCGAAGGUAGCACAACGAGCCCAGGAGGCAUCGCGCUUGCCUUGUACUCGGGGCUGUGGGCUUAUGAUGGCUGGAACAGUGUUACCGUGGUUACCGAGGAGAUCAUCAACCCUGGCGUUAACGUGCCGCUGAGCAUAUCGGUGGCCGUGCCGCUCAUAACGGGUCUGUACGUGUUCAUGAACGUGGCGUACAUGACGGUGCUGAGCUACGCCGAGAUGGUCUCCGUGCCGGCCGUGGCGGUGACGUUCGGCGCGCGCGUGCUGGGCCCGGCCAGCUUCCUCAUCCCGCUGGGGGUGGCCAUCGCGACCUUCGGCUGCGCCAUGAGCGUGCAGUUCGGUGUUACCAGGGUGUGCUACACAGCAGCGCGCGGCGGCCAUAUGUUGGAAGUGUUUUCAUACGUCAACAUGAAACAGAUGACGCCUGCGCCAGCCGUAGCUUUUCAGGCAAUACUAACCUCGGUGUUCAUACUAGUGGGCAACAUUAAGACGUUAAUAGACUUCGCCAGUUGGUUCCUGUGGUUUUUCUACGGCCUUGCGAUGGUCGCCUUACUUGUGUUGAGGAAAACACAAAAAGAUACACCAAGGCCAUAUCGAGUGCCCACGAUCGUGCCAUGUUUCGUGCUGCUGGUAUCGAUAUUCCUGUCCGUGUUCCCGGUGGUGCACGACCCGUCCAUGAAGUACGUGAUCGCGAUCGGCUUCAUCUUCAUGGGCGUCGCCGUGUAUACCGUCUUCGUGUAUUAUAGGAAGACUCCUACUAGAUUAUUAAGAAAAUUCACAUUCCUUACUCAAGUGCUAUUCGAAAGCGUGCCUCCUAGCAACCGUGAAGACUGAUUUUACGAUUAUACUAAUUAGACGUAAACUUUGUACAUAAGAACUAGUGUAUAAGUAACUAAUUAUACCUACAAUUAAGUGACAUAAAAAUAUAUUUGUAUUAUUUAAA